UAAUAAAUUAAAGGAUUCAGUCAUUGUCUCGUUCUUCUAAAAACACGACAUACAUUUAGUCUUACCAUGGCACCUCUUCAAGAACCAAAAUUUACAAAAACUGAUUGCGCAAAAAUAAUAUCAGCAAAACUGCAAACCGAAAAUUUCACUCUUGUCAACUUCAAGGAAGAAACAUUUGACAAAAUCCGGGGUUUUUUGGGAGAUCAUACCACUCUUACCAUCACCAUAAAAUCUAAUGGAAAUGAAGAAAAUCACCGUUUUUUUGUCAAAUCUCUGCCCCAAGUCUACUCUCAGCGAAAUUUCGUUUUGGAAGUGAACGCAUUUUUCAAGGAAAAAGGUUUUUUCACGAAAUACUGUGAGUUUUUGAAACAAUUUUCCAUCUACCAACUUUUGGACGAUAUAAUCCCAACUUGUCGUCUGAUCAAAGACGACAGUUUUGUUUUCGAAGAUUUGUCAACCAAAGGCUAUGUUACGUUCCCUUCACGCGAGUCUUUGACCCUUGACUGUGUCAAAGUGGCUGUUGCAAGUUUGGCAAAAUUACACGCAAGUGGACUUAUCCUUGAAGAGAAGACUUUAUCCACAUUGAACCAAAAACUGGAAAAGGAACUAGCUGAAGCCUUUUAUUCUAAUUCUGAAUCGGUGAAAGCCAGCAUGGAAGCGUUCAAAACCGGCGCUUAUGCAGUUAUUGACCUCUCCCACAAACCCACAAUGAAAAUAUCAAACGAAUGGUUUAAACAAAAACUCAGCGAAGUUCUCGACUUGCAAAAAUUGUAUGCAGCACCAUCGAGGAAAUUCCGCAACACGAUUUGUCACGGUGAUGUUUGGACGGGGAAUUUCAUGUUCAAACUGGACCAAAAACCGAAAACUUGCGUCCUUGUCGACUUCCAGGCUUGCAGAUAUGGACCUCCAGCGCAAGAUGUUAUUACCUUUUUGUAUUUGACCACAAACAGGGAUUUCAGAGGAAAACACCAAGAAGAAGUCCUUGGGUUCUACUACAAACAACUGGACUCGAUUUUGGACCAGUUUGGGUUUAAAAAUCUCAUCACGAAGGAAGAAUUUGAUGAAAGUUGUCGGUUUUACAAACGUUAUGCUAUGGUUCAAGCUGUUCUUCUUUUCCAAAUUGUUAUCAUGUCUGAAGAGGUGGCGAGUGAAUUGUUUGCAAAUCAAGAUAAAGUCUUGUCGGUGUUAUUUAAAGAAAAAUACGAUUUUAUGAUGGAAGUUUGUCAAAAGGAUCCGAUUUUUAAGAAAAUGAAUUUUGAGGCUAUUGCUGAACUUAGGGAAUUUUUCGAGGAUCAAAUUUAAUAUGAAAUAAUUGUCAAAAUAAAUUUAUUACAAAUAA